AUGAGCACGGGCGCCGGGGCUGGCCCUGCGGCCGUCGACGGCCCGCGCAUGGGCGUCGACAUGCAGCAGCGGUCGCUCCUCGAGGCCCACCUCGACCAGGGCCUCUCGGGACAGACGCCGGGGCAAGCAGGCAGGCUGAAGAGCGAUCGCCAGCGCGCAUGGACAGCCGAGCUCGGCGUGAACGGCCUCAUGUCGAUCGAAUACACCCCCGAGGACCACAGGGACGGCGAGAAGCAGGACUCUCCGCGCAACUCCACGCCCGUCGCCCGCCCGCGCGCCGCCUCGGAAAGCCGCCUGGCCCGCUUCCGCGCGCUGCUUGCCGCGCCCGUGGUCGACAUCUUCCAGCUACGCGACCUCGCGUGGUCCGGCAUACCGCCCGAGCUGCGGCCCCAGGCGUGGCGGCUGCUGCUCGGCUACGCGCCCGCCGCCCAGGCCGAGCGCGCGGCGGCCCUGAAGGCCAAGCGCGACGAAUAUUGGCACCUGGUGUCCGAGCUGAUCGAUGGCGUGGACCCCGACCAGCGCAGCCCAGACAACCAGCGGACGUGGCGGCAGAUCCAGGUCGACGUUCCGCGCACGACGCCCGAAGUGCGCUUCUUCCAGCACCCUCGCAUCCGUGCGUGCAUCCAGCGAGUCCUGUACGUCAUGUCGCAGCGCCGCACGCGCACGGGCUACGUCCAGGGCAUGAACGAUCUCCUCACGCCCUUCCUGUGGACCCUCCUCUCCGAACACCUCCCGAUCCUGCGGGCGUCCUUCCGCACGUGCGCCUCCAGCGUCGACAACCUCCCGGAGGCGGCGCUGCGCGACGCCGAGGCCGACGCGUACGGCAUGUUUCAGUCCCUGCUCGGCGUCGUCCAGGACAACUACACGCACACGCAGCCGGGCAUCCGCCGCCUCGCUCUGGCGCUGCAGGAGCUGACGCGCCGCGUCGACCCUGCGCUCGCGCGGCACCUCGUGACGCAGGGCGCGGACUUCCUGCAGUUCUCCCUCCGCUGGUUCAACUGCCUCCUGGUCCGGGAGCUGCCGUUCGCGCUGUCGCUGCGUCUGUGGGACACGUAUGUGGCGGAGCUGGAACAGACGCAGUCGCACCUGCUGUACGCGUCGCUCGCGCUGCUGCUCCAGUGGUCGAAGGAGCUGCAGCAGCGGGACUUCGGCGGCAUCCUGACGCUGCUGCAGCGCCCGCCCACCACAGACUGGGAUGAAGGGGACCUCGAGAGUCUUCUUUCGAAGUCUUUCCUUCUGCGGUCGAUGCUCAAGGACCCAAAACGGGGGGCGGCGGAGACCGGUGGAUCGAGCGUCUGA